CGCAGCCCCCGACCAAACCCUACUCCGCCCCCGCAUCCGCCCGCUGGCGCCCUCCUCCGCCUCGUCGAUGCGCCGGCGAUGGCGGGCCCGGACCCCGCCGCCGUGCGGGCCGAGUGUGACCAGGCCCUCGCCUGCCUCCAGCGGGGCAACCAACCCAAGGCGCUGCGCCUCAUGAAGGAGGCCCUCGCCCGCCACGGCGAGGGGUCGCCGCUUCUCCUCCGCGCCCACGGCACCGUCCACUCCCGCAUCACCGCCGUCCUCACCGACCCCGCCGCGUGUCGCGUCGUCGACCUCGCGCCCGACUCCCUCGAGCUCGCCCACUUCCACACCCUCCUCCUCUACAAGGCCGCCAGCGACAACCACACCUACGAGGAGGUCCUCGCCUAGUGCGAGUGCGGGUUCAGGAUCGACGACCCCUCCGACCCGGAGCCCCACUCACUCAGGCUGCCCGCUCGUGACCCCGACCAGCUCCGGGUCGAGCUCCGCAACCUCGUCCAGAAGGCCAAUCUCGCAUCCAUAUCCACCUGGGUCAAGAACCUCGCGUCCGGAUCCGGCCGCCGGACGUCCGACCACUCCGGAUCCAGCCUCCUCCUCGCCGCACGGGCCUCCUCCUCGCCGGAGUGACGCCCCUCGCCGGGGCAGCGCCGUCCAAGCCCAUCGGCCACCAGGUUCAUGGCCGAUGCUAUGAGGUAAUGGAUAAUGCUGGAUCGUCGGCAGAUUCCCCGGCUCCAGUAAGGCGAUUUGGGCCUCCGGUAAGGCGAUUCCGCGGCUCCUGUGCGCUAAGAUUGGCGGGAUUUUCGCUGGAGUCUACUCUGAUUUUCUCUCUUAAGUUUCAGGGCAUGGAGGGUCGCGGGUUGCUCAAGGCGGCUCUACUGGCGUGCUUGCUCGUCGUUUGCUUUGGGAGAGGAUAACAACAGUGGAGUGACUUGCAGAUGACUCAUGUGCAUUUUUGUUCAGUAAGAUCGACCUGACGCCUCAUAUUUUAAUUUGGACAGCGGGACUUGGUUUCAUGUAUUUAGUGGUUCUACAAAUGGUUCUGCUAUGGUUGACAUCACAAUUCUUCUAAUGAGUAGGUAAUUUUGACACCCUCUACUAUUUUAUUGGUGUUCAGUUCUGUAAUACCCAGUAGUGUUGGCUGGCAAGUAUUAUUAGUUUAUAUGAGCCUGUUCAUUUAUACUGAUGUAACUAAUCUGAAAGGAUUGGAGUAGUUUGGAAAAAUCAACUUAAAUGGUGACUCCACAUAUUUUCACAAGGAGGUUAUUACACACAAUAAAAAGUUCCUCUUAGAGCAUUGCCUUCAGUUUCCCCCCUUCUACCAUAUAGUAGUACUGAUUAUAUGUGUCAUCUCAAUAUUAAUUUAGUUGCGACUUCUGUGUAUGCCUUGAGAGUUUUGUAUUUUCUUCUCAAUUGGUCUCGUUUAAUUACAGCAGUAUGCCAAAUAAUCCAAAAAUAAUUAAUUAAAUCAUUGGACCGGCCGGAUGUAGAGAGCAUGAUUUAUACCAUCAAAUGAACAUAUAUUUUUAUAUGAAAUGAAGGCACAAUCUUAAAUCUGUGGGUGCAUGCAGUGCUUCCUGCCUUUGUGCUCGCAGUUUAAAUGCAGUGUAUUUUACUCACUAAUACAUCUUGAACAAUCUAAAAAGUAUAUUUUACUCACUAAUACAUCCUACAACAUUGCAUUUCACCAAGUGAAAUGCUACAUUUCUACUCCUAACCCAUUCUCUCUUUCUUAGUAUUUUUGUUAUGCAGGUUGGAAGAAAAGAAGAAGAUCCAGAGAAGAUCUUAGUAAUAAGAUAGUUUUGACUUUGUGAAACUUGCUACCUAUCGAUGAAACUGUGUAAUAUUGAUGAAACUAUGUAUAUGUAUGGACGAA